AUGCGCAGGCGGGGCACGCGGCUCUACGUCAGCAUGCAAAGACCGUCGAAGACGCACCCGCUUGUGACAUUUAGGGUGAGGGAUACACGGAGGUGCCUCUCACCGUUGACGAAACUAGCAUUCGCCCACGAUGGCGGAAUAGAACGGAUGGAAACGAUCGAGCCAUACGCGCUACCACCAUGGCAUAGAUGUAUGGCAGUGGAUAACGAUACAGACACGGAAGCAGCUGGGGAUGCAGGCCCAGGCGACGACAUGACCGAGACUAGCAGCAUGAGACAAGUGCUCAUCGCAACGAGCGCAUCUGCGAGAAACGGCAUAGUAGGCAUGGGCGGCGUUGUGCGCAACACCGCCGGUGGAGGAGCGGAUGACGUAUUGGCAAAGUACUCGGCCACUCUGGGCCCGAAAGACGAGCAGAAAGUAUACACAGCCGAGCUGGAAGCGAUAGCAGUAGUCCCCAGCUGUAUGCCUGACGGUCUCUGA